UCAUGGUAUAGGGUAUAUUGGCUACUGAGGUUUAGGUGAGUGGGGGAACUUAACAUCAAAUCGAAAUACUUACACCAGCGUUUAUAUCACUUUUUGCACAUCGUGUGGUCACUAAGGGUGACUGUUUACAUAAGGAUCCUAUAAAGCAUAAGGCAAGCUUGUUCUCAACAUGCAUGAAUUGGGCAAUGCAGCUACUGUAAGAGCAGUUCUGAUGUAGACGUCGUUACCAUCAGAAGCUAUAUGGAAAACUGCGAAAAAGAACUUUUUUACCCAGUGCUACCUCCAAACAAGGAUGCUGUUUGUGACAGCAACAUGACUGGAAGUGGCAAUGGAGGGGUUGCCAGAUUCAUUUUAAAGAAGAAAGACUAUGGCCACCUGAUAGGUAAACGCCGUAAAGAUGACAGAAGCAAUUUUGGUUUGAAGGAGCUACAUAUCCAAACUUUUGGAAUUAAAUCUCUACCCGACCUAAAGAACAUAAUUGGGGACUAUAUAAAGCAGCAUAAGGCGUGUCUGGUGGAUGGUGUAAAUGACUUCAACAUCAAUCUGGUACUGGAACGAGAAUGGGAGGAACUGAUAAACAAGCUAGAAUUGGAAAAUGACGAUGUAAUCGACCUUCGACUAUUCCAUAUAGCCAAAGAAAACCACAACUUCUUCAUGCUGGCAAAGAAUGUCUCUUUUUUACUACUUUCGGCGGACACAGCACCACCGCCUGUACCAUUGGUUGUAUUUUUGUUACAUUCUGUCAAGCCCCAAGUAGAAAAGUUUGCUAAAAUCUUUUUUAAAUCAUGGGGAAGCUUUGAAAGAAAUUGCAGAGAAUACCAUGACGUGGUGCGAGGUCACAUAUUUAACUGUCUGGUGGCUUUAUCCAACGGAGAUCACAGUUAUGAAGACAAAGAUGGCAAUACAAAUCGUCUGACUGAUAGUUCAAGUUGGGAGAUCAAAGACACUGAAGAUUAUGACUCAGAUGAAUCGGUUUUGGGAAGCGGAUACAAAAAAACUAGUAAACGACUUUGCCAUAUUUCUAUAAAGGGCACCACGACAGAUUGCCGCCUGGUGUUUUGGGAACAGAAGUACAACCAAACAGAACGGGUUUAUUUGAUUGAUAAAAUCGCGCAACACAGCAAAGGAGGGAUGGUUAAGAACAAGGGAGAUAAACAUAGCAAAGAAAAACGAACUCGUAAACGGACGGCUUCGGAUGAUAAUCCCGAGGAAUUAGAAAGAGAAAUAAAUAAAAUCAAGGUAGUGUUUUGCCAUAACAAACAAGCUGAUGAAAACAAAGCAAGCAAAGCUACAACAGAGUAAUACUCUAGAAACCAUCUGUACAAUUAAGUGAAAACUUUGUCUUCUCGCCAAUUAUACAUUUGCUCGUCAAACAGUUGUGUUUUGCAGUUUACGUUAAAAGCGUACUGUACCAGCUUAUGGCUUGGAUAGGGUUAAGAAUCAUGCCCAUAUCGACAUGUUAUAAACAUAUAUAAUGAGAAACCAAGGUGUAAGAUGAAAGAAAUGUUAUAUUCACAUAACCAUUCACGCAAUUAUAAAUAUUAUAAGUGUUUUAUUGUUGUCGUUAAUGUUGUCAUCAUAAUUAUCCAAUUUUCAAUUUUAUUUACAUCCAACAAUAUAAUUUAAACUUGGUGUGCGGUAGCUAGGCUCUAUAUUAGCUAAGUGCUCUGUGACGGGAAUGGGUGUAUUGUACUCUGUU